CUCCGGGCUCGUGUUAGUCCAGCCCAGAGCCUCGCCGCAUGCGACUCCGCUCACCUGCGCGCGCGAGUUUGGAUUUAGGUGACCGCGUCGAAGCCUCAAGCAGCGCGGCACUAACUUUGCAGGGGGUCAAAAUGAUGAAACUCACGGACGGCGCGGUGCACGUGGAAGACGCGCAGGGAGCGUUCUCCUACGGGAUGAAGCUGCCCUGGGACAUCAACGACCCCAAGCUGCCACAGGACCUGAAGCAGGUGGACCCCUUCCAGGAGUGGAACGACGGAUACGCGCGCUUCGUGUUCAGCGCCGAGGACAAAAACGCGCAGCGCCACCUGAGCGGCUGGGCCAUGCGCAACACCAACAACCACAACUGCGCCAUCCUCAAGAAGUCGUGCCUGGGGGUGGUGGCGUGCGGCCGGGCCUGCACCAUGCCGGACGGCCGCAAGGUGCACCUGAGGCCGGCCAUCUGCGACAAGGCUCGCCAGAAACAGCAGAAGAAGCUGUGUCCGAACUGCGGCUCGCCGCUGGACCUGGUGCCAUGCCGGGGCCACAGCGGCUAUCCCGUGACCAACUUCUGGAGGCACGAGGGGCGAUUCAUAUUCUUCCAGGCCAAGGGCUCGCAUGACCACCCGCGGCCUGAGAGCAAGACGGAGGCGGAGGCGCGCAGAAGCUCCAGCAAGCGGCGCCUGGGGCUGGCGGGUGGCUGCGUGCAGAGGUCCAAGCGGGGCACAGCGCCAGAGGUGAGCCCCGGCUCCUGGAGAUCGGUCGCCUCUGGCGCCCCCGCGGACUGGAACUCCCCUUGCCCCGGCCGUCCAUGCUGUCGACUCCCUGCCCACACUCAAGUCGUUUGGUACUCCAACAUCAACGGCUACAACCCGAUGCCCUCCAUGUCGUCCGUGGGCAUGGAGGCCCGGCAGGCGCUCGACCCCAGAAUCGGUUCCGUGUGGAGCUCCAAGCAGCCGCCCCUUAUCCCGCAACCGCGCUGCGAGCCCUCCGUUGGCGUCGGCAGCGGCUUCCACGUCCCCAGGAUGCCCAAUGAGCGUUUCUACUUCCCGGCGCCGGCGUGCAGCUACGAGCUUGCCAUCCCCAAUUACCUGUCGCACGCCUCCCCGUACCCGGCGGCCCUCCUGGGCGACCACAGGGACUACAAGCCCGAGCAGAGCCUCGUCAAGGCCGGCGACGCUUACCCGCACGCGUACGACGGAGCCCGCUUCGCCAUGGGCCACUUCGGCCAGGACGGGGUGCACGAGCACGUGGCCCAGCCGCCCAAGGAGAUGCGGCACCAGAGCUACAAGCAGCCCAAGAGCAACGGCAAGUCCGAGUACGGGGAUAAGUACGAGGGGGGCGACGCCGCCGCCGUUAAUAGCAGCAGCGGCGGAGGCAGCGGCAGGUCGCUCUCCUACAGGGACACGUCGAGGCACAGGGACGUCGGCUGUGCGGCAGCGAGCAGUGGUGACACGCCCGCCCUCCAGACCAUCAUCACCACGACCACCAAAGUGUCCUACCAGGCGGCCUUCAAAGCCAACGCCGUGAAGUGCGCCGAAGCGCCGUUCGAGCAGAAAGCCGUUGAAAGCGGCUCGAACCCCGCGGCUGGCGCUCACGCCUCGGGCUACUCUGAUCGCAUUCUCCCCACGGACAACCCGUACCUGCUCGCCAAUAAGUACGCGGGUCCCUACCAGCAGGUGUACUCGUCGCCCCGCAAGGUCGUCUCCGCUGAAGCCGGGGAGGAGUACGGCCCGCUGAAUGGCGCGUACAAUGACCGGCUGUGCCUCAACCUGCAUUCCUGCAGAUACGACAAUCUGGGCUGCUAGGGUUAAUCGUGAGAUGUACCAUCCCCAGAGCAUUGGGGGUGGCGGGGGGGGAGGGGCUGAAGGGGAUUGAGCUUCUCCCGUUGAAGGUUCAGCCUCCCCCGAUUCCGUUUAACAUUAAAAUGUGCUUGAACUUUGUUUAGCAACGAUUGUGCCGUGUCCCCCUUUAGACAAAGGUCACACUACGGGGUUGUGUGUGGCGCGGUUGUUAACGGGCUGUUGGGCUACGAACCCCGGCGGCGAGAUGAGAAUAAAAAAUAAUAACAGCUCGGAAAAGUGAAACUUGAGUUUGUGUUUCACUGCCACGUUUUAUAUUCGAAAGAAACUGUGGAAAAAAUAUAGAAAUGGUCAUUUUCUUUCGGGGGGUAUUUUCAAAUUGUCUUUUUGUUGUUUUUUGCUGUCAUUAAUUUAAUGUGUACAUAAUAUGUUUUUUCACAACAAAGAUGAAAGAUCGUGACUGUCGAACAAAAUGUGUGUAACGAAAUCCAUGACUAUAACGCGUAUUUUCCUCAUUGAAUAAUAUAUAGUGGAUUCAUGUUUGCAAGACUGUAUGAAAUGAAUAUGAAUGAUGGAUGGUCAACACAUUAAAGUACUUCUACAACUCUGAACACAUUAAACUACAGUCGUGACAUUUACUGUAAUAGGCUUACUCUGAAACCUCCAAUUACACCGAUAGCCAAAAGUCAGGGAUUCGUGUUUAGAGCUCUUGUAUUCAAAGUGCUGCGGAAAGUGUGGACCUAUACAACACGAUUGAGGUCAUUUACUCCCAAUGUCAACAUACACUUGUGUCGAUAUGCAUAUACCUGUGGUAUAUAUACAAGGAAUGUUGUAGUAGCACCUGAAGACUUAACACUGACUGCAACUUGAAAUUAUUGGGAUACUUUAAACGUAGCGUGUAGUUUGUAAUAAAUAUGUUAAAUUAUCAUUGACAGCAAUGGAAUAUGAAAAGUACAUUUCCUAAAACCGGGUAUUUGUAGCGCAAUGGCGCAGUGUUUAGCGCACUCCACGAUGAACCUAGCAAAUAUGGUGAGUUUGAUUCCCAACUACGGCUCACAUAGUGAGUGUGAUAUCCAACCAGUUCUGCGGCCCUCUCAUCACCAACCCACACUGACGAGCAUGGUGAAGUAUGGCAUGAUAUCUGUCGCUAUGUUUUUUAUACGUUCAAACAUCGACAGCAUCAUUGAAUAAACGUAUUUAAUAUAUCCUCACUUGUCAAAAACGUAUUGAAUAACUUCACGAAUACAGCCAUAAUUAUCGGAAACAUAUUACUUAAGUUUCAAGAAUUUUAAUCUAUUAUUUGUUGCACAUUAAAAUAACUAAUACAUAAUAUGUUUCAUUUAAUGUGUCCUCAAUGAUUAUUAAACAUUAUUUAUUAGUUGUUUUAAUAUGGGCAACAAACGUAAUAUUUGGAAUUCUUGAAAAUUAUGCAACAUGUUCAGGAUGUAUAAAAACUUAAGGACAUAUUAUUAUUAUUUUAUUUACCUACGUGACUUUACCGAAAAAAACCUAAGAAUAUGAAUCCUUGCAAGUCACGAAAGAUUCAAAUCUAGAAACAUAUUAAUUAAGUUAAGUUAUUUAAUACGUUGUCGAUAAUUGAGGUUAUAUUAAAUGUUGUGUUGAGUAUGUUGUCGAUUUAACAUACAUUACAAAUCAAACAAAUGCCAUGUCAUAAUGAAGUACGGUCAAAUAAUCCAUAACGCACACGGAAAGGGGAGGCUCUCAUCAACCAGCUUAUUGACAAAAGAGGGAAGUUGACUUUUCUCAAAUGUUUUCACAACCAAAUUAUUACCAGAUGUACCGUGUGACAUGCACAUUAGAUUUGAAAGAAAAACAGGUUUCGCAGAUAUAUUUCACUGCUUCACUUGUCUGAUGUAUUAACAUUAAAUCAAUAAGUUAUUACGUAAUAACGGUAAUGUUGAAAUGGUACAGAAUGUUGCGCGCUCAGGCAGCAAUGUGCGCAUCCUUGAAAACGUCGUCCACAAACAAACUUGAAAAUAUAAUCUGUGCAACCAAAAGAAACCAACAACGCUUAAUACUGUACGUUGUCUCAGUCACACACGCGCAUUGCAAGUUAGGUCACGGAACAAGGGCCGCGAUGUGUCCACAUCCACGGGUGCCAUUCAUUGUCACGGGCGAGUUUAGCUUCGUCUUUCUUUGACACGAUCGCUAAAUUAUGCCCUGACCCAAAGUGUGGAAAUGUCUCGCAGAAAUUCCGAAUUUAAACGUGACAAUAUCUUCCUAUUAUCAAACCCGUCUUCUUGUAAUAUUCAAUCGUCUACUUGUGGAUCGUGUACUAUUUACUGGUAGCUUUGAUAUUCAGAAUAAAUCUUAAGUCACGAUGGAUUUCCGACACAUUACAGAUCACGCGUCGUGGGUAUUUCAAUCUCUUCCAGGAAGCCUGACCAGCAUGGAAGAGUAGGCCAAAUACCAUCUAGAGAGGCUGUCUAGAGCUCCCUCCAGUGGAGGCCUCGUCUGCCAGCAGGCGUGUGAGCAAGCAAUUCCAGGGCUGUGCCUUUAGCUUUUACACGGGGCUCAUUGUGUUCGAUGGGGCUCACUUUGCUUGUAAAUAACUCAUUGGGCAUGAGUAUUUUAUACGAAGAAAUGUAAACAAAAAUGGGAAGAAACAAUUAAGUAGAGUUAUUUUUGUAUUAGAUUUAUUAUUUGAGAUGUUAACAGUGUCAUCGUGUUUUGCACUUGUAUUAUGUGACUCAAAAAACCCAAAACUGUGACUUGUGUUCUUCAUGAAAUGUGUCUUAAAACGUGCUUGCUUGGCAUUAUCGACAAUUCUACAGCUUGUAAAACAAAAUAUGCUUUAAAAUGUAAGCCAUAUACUUUGAAGGUGGAAUAAGCAAUAAUCAUGCUCAACAUUCACACGCGCUUCACAUUACUUAACAUCACGUAUCCGUAUAUGUUGUGUAUCAAUAAUAUAUCAACCCAUGUAGCGUUAGCAUCGGAGAGCAGUUCAUUUUUUUUUAAACGGACGUGGCUGCCGACUUAGGCGAACGUAAUCGGGCUUCCUCUUAACACUAAGAUGUGGCGGUUUCUUUUGUAGAAAGUGGCAUUUCUCUCCGUGCAUUGCUGUUUCUUAUUAAA